AUGACUGUCAUGUCGACGGCGAUGACCUUGUGGUGCUCAGGUGAGGAUGGCUCGAGGCUCUUCUGGGACAGGCUCAACACUCAAGUCUUCCUCCGCCUCCUCGGCCGUCGCGUCGUCGGCUCGCUCAUGCUCAAGGUGCGCGUCGAGCUCCUCUUGCUGCGGGCCCGUCUCGCUGCCAGGCGUGAGGCCUGCAGGCAGGCCCUCAGGACCGAGCUCAGCCUCACCCACGACCAUCCCACCCGCAGGGCCCCGCGCCUCGUCUACUCCGACAAGCUCUGCAUGCUGUGGAAGGCGGAGGCGAGGGCGGAGGAGCCCGCGGCGGCGGCCAAGCCCGAGAGCAAGAAGCGAGGGAGGCCGACGCUGGCGUCCAAGCAGCUGGCUCCGGGUGCUGCUGUCCUUGCUGCGUCGGCUUGA